UUUUAUUUGCACACUGCGGUGAUAUGGGGCGUUUAACGUCUUUGCGUUUUGAAGCAUUGACCGGGAACUGGAAAUCAUCUGUUUAGUGUAGUGAAUUGAGCGGAUAUGGCGACCCUCAGGAUGUUCGAUAAGCUCCCCGCGCCCAACAUUGCCGCUAUCCUGUUGGUGGGCUCAGAUGAGAGUCACCAGGAGAUAAUUGCCAAUGCAUUGUUGAAGGAACCGAAGACCUUUCAUGUGAAGAUUCACAUGGCUACGUCCCUCCCUAUAUCACCUGAAAGAGCUCACCUUCGUCCAUGUUUUGACAUGGUUGUAUUUUUUAUCAAUUUACACAGCAAGCACAGCCUGUCCAGCGUUAUGUCUUCAAUGAAAUAUUUGGAUUCCCAUUUUUUUCUUGGAAAAGUGUGUUUUCUGACAACGAAAGGUAGAAAUGGGGAAGUGCAACAUAGUGCAGUGGAUAUAACCACGGUAAAAGAUCUGGCAGACCAACACAGGAGUAUUCUAAUCCAAUCUGCACUAGAUAAUGAAGAUGAUGUUGCUUAUACAGCCCAACGUUUGCUGAAUUUGCUGAAGAUCUGUGCUGGGUUGAUGCCUGAUGUCUCUUCAAUGUCUGUGUGGUCAGUAAUGAAAAGCUCCGUAAGAAAAGAAUCUAGGACGGACAAGAAAUUAACUGAAUGAUCAGUAAAGCUUGAUUUGAACAUGUACUCAGAGCUCAAUGGUCUGGAAUCUUCCAUUGCUUUUGACUGGGAUGCAUACUUAUAUUCAAAAGGACAGCAAAAUUUGGAGGUGCCACUUGUGCCUAAACUAUUUAUAAUAUAUGCUCAUCAGUAAAAUAUCUGAAUGUCCCAUCAGGGACAAGGGAUAGAGCUUGUGGGAAAUGGGAUUCUGUCCUUGAUGGAAACUUUGGUGUGUAACACACUGUUAGAUCUGCACCAUAAGAGUAAUUGUGUAUAAUGUAUUAAAACAAUAUUGA